AUGGAUAACAGAUUGAAGAGAAUGAUAAUGGAGGCUAAUGAAAUUAGCCAGUAUUUGAAGAAAGAUUAUGUUUUUGAGUCUGACUCUGAAUUGAAUUCAUCCAGUGUUAAAAUAGUCAGUAAGUCACUGCAAAUUGAAUCUCUCCUACCUGUUAAUUUAUUCAAAGAUAAAUUAGUUGUGCUAAGGAAACUCAUGUAUGAAGACCCAUCCGACAGCAACUCAAAAAAGGCAGACCAGUUGAUCAGGCAGGCCUGUCUUGAAAUUUCAAAGCAGUCCUCAUCAUCGCCAGUGUCGUCGGCGGAUCAUCCAACGAAAGAGGAACAGCAUGCCACUUCCACGCCAGUCAAUGAUCAUUCAAACAAUUACAACGUAACAACCAACUUGGGUAAAGUUAAUUCCAAGGAAAAUAAAAUCAACUUCAACUUGAACAAAGCAGAAAAUACACCGAAUACGAGUUAUUCGACAAGCAAAUCAAAUGCCUUUUCAGAUCUUCAAAAUAUAAGUUCUAAAGAGACUUCAUUGUCAUCCAACAACAUUCAAAUGGUGAACAGUUCAACAGAAUCAAAUCACAACAGUAAAAUUGAAAGUUAUAAUUUAGGAUCACAUGAACAUGAAAGGGCUUCAAACAGCAAACUAUCUCUCAACAACAACAACAACGUUAAUCAGAGUAAUAAAUCUCCAACGUUGAAAUCAGCAGCCAUCAACAACUCAACUCCGGCAGUGAAGAACAACAACAACAUCUUCAACACAGCUGCAACAAUAUCAUCAGGCAGUUUUGAUGACAACUGUGUUAACAAGUUGCUUGUGGAUGAAGAGGAGCUGAUGAACAGAGCUCCUCUCAUUGACUACAUUCCUCAAAAGUGCCCUCGCACGAAAUCGUUGAAGAGUUACAAGUUGAUGAACAGGCAGUUCAUGUCUUCAGACUCCAACAUCAACAUCAUGCACUGCAACAGCAACAACGACGAUGUGAACUACAACAAAACGAGAACGACAACAACAAAAACAACAACUCCAUCAAAUAGAACAACAUCAGCAGAAGAGAAGUUGAUGAAGUCGGCGACAUCAAAUUUCAGAAACGCGUCCAACAACAAACAUGACACCAACAAUUACGACAUCAACAACAACCUUCAACUGACUGAUAAUCAACAAUCUCUUUUACAGAAAACAAACAACGAUAGUAGGUUGAGAAACAUUCGGAAGCAGGAUGGCAGCUUGAAUAGAGAGUUUUAUAAGGCUUGUGAGAUGUUCACAUCUAAGCUCCUACAACAAGAUGUGAAGUUGGUUGACAUGCACGACAGAGCACUAAACUCCUGCAACUUCAUCCUUGCUUAUGUGUCAUGCUUGCAAUCACUUCAGAGCCAAGGUUUGAGUCCGAUGAACGAACAGAUGAACAUGCAGCCAUGCAUGAACGCAAUCUGCCAGUUGAACAUCCUCGACUUCCUGGUGCCACACAUCUUCAAACAUCAUCCUACUCAUCCUCAUCAUUCUCAGCAGCAGCAGCUUGAUGCUCACUCACACUCAACUAUGAGAUCUUCCAACAGCUCCUUGAAUCACAGCUGUUUCAACGACAGCAACAAACAUUCAGACACCCUCAGCGAUGAUAAUGAUGGCAACAGUAUUGGCAGUGCUGAUAAUGAUGUCGAUUCUUUGAAUGAACAGAAAAUUGUCUUCAGUGAUCUGCUUCAAGGGUUUUCAAUGCUUUGGAAGGUGAUGUCAUUGGACAAGCAACGAGCUGAUGUUGGUGAGCAGCAGAACGACGAUGACGAUGGUGAUGAUGAGGAAGAAGAUGGAGAAGACGAACGCAAACGAUGCAGAACAGAUUUCAGCAAGUUCAACUUUGAGAAAUUGAAGAACCUUCUGCACUACAUGAUACAAAAUAUUGGCAGAAGAAUGAUAAACAACAACAACAUCCUCACCCACAACGUUGACCACAAUAAAGAUGUUGAAGAUAUUUCAAGAUGGUCAGAGCUCUCGCAAGAUACAAUGAAUUGGUUGUUGGUAGGAUGUGACGAUGCAUUACUGAAGAAGGUUGAAACAAGUUCCUUCUUCAUAGGCAAACAGUUGGAUGAUUUACUUGAAUGUGUUUCUACGUUGAUGAACGACGAACGAGUGAACAAGCCCAAAGUCACCCUGACACAGAACAUUCACCAGCUAUUGAACAUCAUCUUACAGUUGAUAGCUCUUGUGAAACAAAUUCAAAUGGAGAUGCAGAAGUUGUUACUAAGUAGUAGUUCUCUGGAGACAAUGAUGCGUCGCUCGACAUCAUCUUCAUCUUCCUUCUCUUCCUCCUCCCACCUGGUCUAUAGAUACGUCAAUCGAGUUGCCACUAUUUUCAAUCACCUGACAUCAACUGUCUCUGACAUUCAUUCGUUUUGUCCCUCGUUCAUCAAGUCAAUAUCAGAUGUUGAUAUGACCAUAUUAACAACCAAAAGAAUUCUAAAAUGCAUCAACCAACUUGACUUAUCGUCAUCUUCACUUGCAACCAGCUGUUAUGGAAACAUCGAUGCAGAUGACGUCGAUGAUGAAGUUGAUGGUGGAGGACUUGAAAAUAAUUUCUUUGAGAUACUCAGUCAGGAACAAGUUGAGGUAUUGCAAGAGAUGCACAAGUUGUUGGAGUCUUGUAUCGACCAGUUGAAGAACAGUUUGCAAAGUUGCGCGUCGUUUGGCGUUUCAGAUGGUAUCAUGCCAUCGUCAAAAUUUAACAAACAGCAAUCCUUCUCACAACAGUCUCAACAACAAAAUUACAUGUCUCCAUAUGGAGUUUCAAUGAGUCAGCAACCCAAUAUGUCGAAGCAACAACAACUGCUAUCCUGCUCGACGACAACAACAUUCAACAAGCUCUCCUUCAAAAGAGCACUACCUGCCACUCCACAAGAAAUCAUGAAGCAACAAUAUCAACAGUUGCAACAGCAAAAACAAUUUCAAACAAACCAGCAACUUCAUUAUUCACCACCGACACAACAACAACAGUAUAGUUCCACACAACAUUUAGUAAGCAAUAGAGAUACAAACGAACCAACUUCAGUUACAAGCAGAAAAAUUCAGAAACAUUACAGUUUCAACCAAAGUGAUGCAGUUGCUGGUAGCAGGCUGUUGAACUACAACAACAAUCUAUCAACAAAACCAUCAAUCAGCAACAACGAAUCGCACAAGCCAUCAAACAUCUCCAACGACAACAAACAAUCAACGAGGAAUAUGACAGGUCGCAAAUUUUCUGAUUUCAGUGGCUCUUCUAAAUUGAACUACAUAUCGAGUAAAACUGCUUCGAACCAAAACUUAUCCACAUUCGCUGACGACUUCAACAACAACGUGAACAACGGAGACAGUGAAGACAACACUGCAGCUGAUAGUAAUGUUCCUAUAUUCAGAAAGAAAGCCAGCAACAACAUUCAGAGAUACUACGCCAACAGGCAUAGUUACAUGCAGUGA